AUGCCAAGUCAGCAUUCCUUCAGUGUCCCUCAGAGAACUAAUGCGGUUUAUCAAAAUGAUGAUCGCUGUUCGAAGGGUAGUUCCCCAGGCCGCACUACGCAGCCGCCCGGUCCAAUGCUUGUUAUUGGAACACCGAGCUCACCUAAGGGAACUAGACAGGCGAGUACUGAUCCCAGACCAAGCGAAGGAAACCCUGUCCUGGUGGUCGUUGCUGACCAACCUCGAACGGGAGGUCCUUUUGGACCAACUCGUCACAGCUAUGAAUCUGGUAACAGACUCCUCCCUCCUAGGGUGGGAAGCGCAUCUAUUGGACAAACAAACCCAAGGAAUAUGGCACCCGCAGUGGGUUCGGGACCACCAUAUCAACUGGCUAAAGCAGUACUCCUAGCACUAUUAAGCUUUCUACCCGAAGUUCGAAACCACAGAGUCCUGUUGACUUGUUUGACCAACCACUACUGUACGGGAGAUCAGGGGUAUGAACCACCAAAUGUUCCAGGCAUUCUAUUUGUUUACGAUUCAUGGGAAACUGAACGAUGUGGUCUGGAUGGAUUUCAUGUAACUCUCGUCAAACAUGUCGCAAAUAUAUUAUCAUCGAUGUACCAUAUUUACAGCACUGUACUUGAAGUGAGCAGAGAAAAAUGCAGAAAGGCAGAAGAUGAGAAUAUUCAUUUGAUUGAGCCAGCAAAGAAAAAAGCAAAUUAUUGUCCAAGUAGAGAGUGGUUCUUUCUUCAUGAUAGUUACUUCCCUGUUUUGAAAAGUAUUAAUAUAAAACAUGUAGUUGGAUAUUCACCAAGAACUGACAAUGCUGCAUUCACCAUUCAAAAUGAGCUUUUUAAUGAUGCAAGACUAAUUUUAAUUAACCAUGUUUUGCCUGAUGCAUUUGAAAUGAAUGGAGAAAUAGAUGAAUUGGUAUACAAGGCUGCUGCAGCAUUUAUAUCAAUUGGACCCUUAAUACAUGAAGAAAACUAUUUAAAAUUGCAACUGCUAGGACUGGACGAAAAACCUCAUGUAAAAUUAUAUCCAUUUCCAUCAAAAAUUUUCUUCAAAGAGAGUGUGGUUAAGGAUAUAUUUAAUGAUAAAACAAAAAAAAUUUAUAUUUCUACCUAUGGACAUUUUUUUCAUCCUAAUAUUAAAGCUGUGAAUGUAUUAGGUGAAGUGGCAAACGUUUUUAAAUCGUUGAAGCAGAGUCUUUCACUGAAGAUUCUGUGCGUGCCAGAUGAAUUAGAGAUUUUUGAGACAAUAAAUAAUUUUGUUAGUAGCUCGGCCUUGCCACUUAAUGAUGUAACAACAUAUAGUUCAUGUUCUCUGAAACAAAUCUUGAGAACUUUGCGAGCGAGCCAUCUUUGUAUAAUCCCCAAAAUCGACAUUGAAUACAGUUUUGUAGGCAUAGAAGCUAUAGCAUUGGGAGUUCCUGUCUUGGUUGAUGAACAAUCACAACUAGCAGCUUUUUUUGGAGAAGUGUUCAACAACACUUGGCAACAUAUUGACUUGUGGGAGUCUAAGAUUGUGGAAAAUACUUUCGAAAGUUGGGAAGAAAAAAUUCGAAACAGCCUACAGUCUUUAAACAUGUCUUGGCAUAAAUCAGCUGCUUUACGAGAAGAAUUUAAAACAAGUUACCUUGUAUCAAAAAGUUAUAAAGAAGUCGUUGCAUUGCUAAAUCAUACAACUAUCAAUGAGUGUCCAGAGUGUCCAUGCAAAUCAUGUUUGCCAUUAAAAGUACACUGUGUCUUCAAUUCAACUAAUUCGCAAACAAAUUCUAAAUCAAGUACUCCAACAAAUUUCAAUCAUUGGUUGUGGAAAUGCACAGACAUUAUUACUCAAUUAACAAUAAACAACAAAGAUUACCAAGAGGAAUUGGAAUGUGCUGUCCAAAACAAGUGUUCCGCUAUUAUCCUAGGAUACAAGGAAGGGAGUCUUAUAAUUUACAUUACAUUCCCAAAUCUCUUUAGCCUAUAUGUAUUCCAGGGCAUUGUAAAUUCAGGAACACUGGCAAGAGAAUUUGACAAGAUUUUAAUUUCUGAGAAAAUGAGGUAUGAGGCAGCUCUACUGAACAUCCCCUUUAAGCUGGAUUUAUCAUAUGAUGAAGAGCAGUUCAAGUUACUUGCCACGUACUUAAUAAAUCGAGACGGUGGAAAUAGCAUUUUCAGCUACAUAGAUGAUGAUGUUGGAGAUGAUGAUAAUGUGAUAAAUGAUGAUUACGAGGAAGAUGGUAUGACUUUGGAAGAGCUUAACAACUUAAUUCUGAAGAAAAAAGCAUCUCAUACUGAGAAUGGAAAUUACAAUGGUGAUUCUAGAGAUCAUUACAGUGAAUUUGAGUAUCAUAAUUUCAUAAUUGUCUUGUUGGUUGUACUCGCGAGUAUAUUUAUUGGAUAUUUCAUUACACAAAGCAUUACAAGACAUAGCACUGUUGCAGACACUGGGAUGUUUGAUGCCGUGAGAGGUUUCAACUAUACCAAGUCAUUCACUACAACUAGAAGCACAGACAGCCAAGCAAUUGAGUAUCUUAAUCUUAUGCUGGUUGGAUUGCCUUCAAAGUCAUUCACUACAACAAGAAGCCCAGGACAUAUUGAAUAUCUCAAUCUCAUGCUGAUUGGUAGAUGCCCUUCACGGACUGAACGAAAUCGUUUCAAUUAUAUGAUAAAUCAGAAAUCCUCAAUGAAAAAAAAGGAAAAAGAAACUGAACUGAAGCGCACACAGAAGAAAUGUGAUGAUCAGACAACAGAACUGACUAAAGAUAAGACGAAUCAUGAUAAGGAAGUACAAGCCCUUGAUCAACAAAUUUCAAUCCUACAAGAUAUAAUCAAACAGAAGAAUAUUCACCUUAAGGAAUUGGAAAAAAAAAUACAGGACUAUACACAACAGCACGAAAAGCAGCUGGAAGAAAAGGAAACAGCAAUACAAACAAUCACUGAAGAACUGAAGCGCACACAGAAGACAUGUGAUGAUCGGAUAACAGUACUGAUUAAAGCUAAGGGGAGUCAAGAUGAGAAAGUACAAGCCCUUUAUCAACAAAUUUCAAUCCAACAAGAUACAAUCAAACAGAAGGAUAAUCAUCUUAAGGACUUGGAAGAAAAAAUACAGCAACUAUUACUGGAGGAAAAGCCCAAAGUUGCGAUGGACUCCUCCUUCCAACCUGAAAGACUACAUACUCGGUAUUCUGAACAUAACAUGAGACUACUUUUCUAUUAG